AUGUGGCUUCUUGAGAGUGACGGCGAUAUUUUUGGAGCCGGGUGCUUUGUGAUCCAGGAAAAGACCAUCUCGCGAAAGCACCUGACGAUUGAGGUCGGCCCCGUCACCGAGGGCGAUGGUACCAACCUUCAAAGUCGAUCAACGGUUACGAUCGAGGACCUUAAGACAAAGAUAGGAACUUUGGUCAACGGGAAACAGAUCAAGGGCGAGAGGUUCGAUCUCAUCAAGGACGCAAAUGAGAUCAAGCUCGGCCACUAUCGAGAGACCUUCCGGAUAAAGUGGCAGCCGGUGGUUCUCAGCUUCUCUUUUAGCAAAAGGGAGCUGGAAACAGACCCUUGGACCAUCAUCCGCCAGAAAUUAGAGCCCGUCGAUGUCAAGUACAUUGCAGAAUAUGACCAUUUAAACACGACACAUGUUGUCAGCAAAAGGCGCAAUACGGCCAAGGUGCUACAGGCGCUCAUCAAUGGCAAACACAUCGUCGUUGAGGGCUUCAUGGAGGCCAUCAUCGAUGCAACCACACCUGCGGCCGGCGAUGCAGACGGUGCUCAGCUCAGUGCGUUGGAAAAGGACUUCGACGCAAACUGGCCCGAAGCUAUGCAGUACAUACCGCCCAAGGCUGAUGCUCCCGGCGCUGACCGACCGGAUGAACUCUUUGCGCCCGACGAGAGACGACGAGACAUUUUCGAGGGGUAUACGUUUAUCUUCUACGAGAAAACGCGCUUCGAAGAGCUGCACCCUGUCAUUACAAGUGGCAAGGGAAAGGCUCUUCUGAGUGAAGUUGCACCGGGCCAAACGACCACCGACGACUUCAUACGUUACGUCAAAGGCAUCGCCGGGGAGAAAGGCCUUGGGGAAUUUGAGGAUGGCAGUGAAGGCAAGGGAGUUGUAGUAGUGCGCUAUGCGCCUCCUCCCAAUCACGAGCAAGAAGAGUGGUAUCUGAACUUUUAUAAUCAAGUCGCCCUGCGGCUGGAUCAUCGCCCGGUCGAGCCGAGAGACUUCCUCCCUGCCAUACUUGAUGUCGAGCCAGGCCAGUUGAGAAGGCCCUUGGAGUUCGAUUCUACCCAGCCGGGGCCAGUUGUGCAAAUCUCAAAUCAAGAUGUCAGCAGCGACAGCAACGGAUUGUCGGUGGACAUUAAUGUAGCCCAGGAGAGAGAGCUCAAUGAGGAGUCGCCACCUCGCGCACCCAAAACCCGCAGGCGAGAGCGCCGUGCUCCCAAGAGUAGAUUCAAGGGCUUUGACACUGGAAUAGACGAGGACGAAGAGGAGCCUGCUCCUGUGUCGCGAGUUGGCGCUGCUGCAGAAGCCUCCCAAGGAAUGUUCAUGACUCAGCCAGAGGAAGCAUCGGCUGUCGCGCCCCCAUCACAGCACAAACGGCCAUUCCCAGAACCCGAUCGCGACAUCAUGGAAGACGUCGCGCCCACGGCUGCAGCCAUCAAGCGCCGCCGGCUCGAGAAUGGCGAAGUACAUACGCCGCCGAGGGACCAAACGCCGCCACCUGCUCAAGGGAAGAUUCCUGAACUUCAAACUCUACAACAGAGAGGGAGUGGCCAGGGCGGCGGCAAAGCAACGGCAGGCAGUAAAAGGGGCAAGAAAGCUGCCGCGCAAGACGAGGACAUUCUCGAUCUUGCGAUCCAGUUUCGAGAGGAGGAGGAAGCCACCGCGCAGGCGGAGCGCGAACGCCUCGCGCGCGAGUUGCGGGAUGGUGAUAUUGACUACGAGGCGAUACGACGGCUGACGCUUGUGGAACCCAUGAACAUCCGACGACCGCAGGACCAACGCACAAGGGAUCAAGAUAUCCAGGAGGGGCGGUGGGAUCCACGGUGGAACGGGAGAAAGAAUUUCAAAAAGUUUCGCAAGCAGGGCGAGCCUGCCGGAAGACCGCAGCAGAGGGUGAUAAUGUCGCUCGAGCCAGUCCGGAUGAAAGAGCAUGGCAUUGGAAACAAGUAUUGGCUGGAGGACGGAGGCAUGCAGAGCCGCAGGGGCAAGGGAACGAGCCAGCCGACGAACGACCAAGGUGAGGCUGCGCCCACACAGACGCUGGGGCGCAGCCAGCCGAAAGCAACUAGGGCAAAGGAAAGGGACAGCUACGCCAUUGGGAGUGAUGACAGCGAGAACAAUGAUGUUGACGCUGGCAACGACAACAGCUCGCUUCCCGACGUCAUGGACAUCGAGGUCAGCCGUGAACUUGCGAGAAGCAGGAAGGGCAAAGCAGCUACGAGGCAGAGCCAGGCGGCAGCACGCAACACGCUGAACCAGACGCAAGCCCUGCCGUCGAGGUCGGAGAAACGGAGUGCUGUGGAAGCGCCUGCGGUGGAGAAGCCGGCCAAGAGAAGGGCGGUGCGCUCAUCGAGGGCAAUGGCGGAAGAGAGCGACGGAGAGGAUGAUGAUGAAAGCGACGAUGGGCUGAACUUUCGAUUUGGCAGGCGCAAGUGA